AUGAAUAGCAGUAUUAAAAUGACAUUCAAGCCUUUUGAAUACCAACUUAUAUAAAAGAAACCAUCUUCUAAAGAUAGUUUUACAAAUUUAAGUAAGAAAAUAAACAAAGCAAAAAAAUCUAAGAAAAUUUGUAAAGAAUCUUCCCAAAAAAAUUGCUAAAGAGAUGAAGCAGAAUUAUAUGUGCUUUAAGGAAAUGUAGUAAUUGAUAUUAAUACACUAUUUUAAAAGACUAACUAGCUAAAUUAGCUAGUAUAUGAAAGCUAAUAUGAUGGUUAGCUAUUAUAUAAUAAUUCUUCAAAGAAGACAGAAAGAAUUCAAAGCCCAAAAAUUUAAAAUACAGCAUCUUAUUUUUUUUAUCAGAACAUGUAAAAUUAUGGAGGUAUAAUUUCCGCCGUUGAAUAUUUCAAGAGAUCUGAUACUUUAGAAGUUAUGUAUGACUCCAUGGUUGAAGGCUUUUAUUUAAACUAAUUCCAAGCUGUAAUUAGUAAUCUUUAAGAAUACUGUUAGAAAUCCUCUUAGUUUAGCAAUAACUCUUAGAUGGCUGCACUUUAAUCACAGUUGAUAAAAUAUUAAGAAAUUAUUUCCUAAAAUUAGUCCGUAAACGACAACGAUGCUGCAGUCAGAAAUUAAUUGUUUGAUGUGAGUAUGAAAAUAGCUCAUCAGUAUCUCAUCGAAAUAAACGGCAAGUAAGGUUAAAUAGACUUAAACUAUUUUCCCUAAUUUCAUAACUAUAAAACCAGCCUAAGUUCAUUUGAUACUGAAAAAGCUCAUAAUAAUUAACUCUUCUUCUAUAAUGGUCUAAAAAGAACUGAGUAUGGCUACAGUAUAGAUAGAAAGGGCCUAAAUAAAAACUUAAUUGACCUGCUUAAUAUCGGGGAAGAAGUAUUACAGCAAGUUAUUUUAAGGAAGGGCUUCAUAAAUUUCUUGACUGCAGACUCAAACUUAAAACUGCUUUAAUUUGAUUUAGAAUCAAGAAUUAUCCUUUCCCAGUAGUUUGCAAGUAAAACAUGUGACUUAUCUUCUAUAAAAGGUCGUCGCAUAUCAGCAGAAAUAAUUACUUUGGACUUAAUGUAUAUUCCAUGCGAAAUAGUAGUUGACUUAAUUUAAAUUUCGUUUGGAAAUGAAAGCUGGUCACAAAAUUACUUGAUGCUCUUUUAUAUAGAAAUUAGUGAAAGCGAGUAAUAAAGAAUUAAAUGCUUGCGUGAAUAAUCAAGCAGCUUAAAAAAUAUUUCUUAAUAACAGCAGUAGCAACAACAUUAAUAAUAACAAUCAAUACAUAUGCAUUUUUAAAAUUGUUUGGAAGGUAUUAAUACAGAUAUUUUAUAUGACUAAGGAUAUUCGAACUUAUCAGAAACUUUUAUUAACAAUUUUUAUCCUGACCAAAGCUAUUAAUCUUCCUUUAGUUCAAUCAAUGGGCCUAAUUGA